CCCCCCCUGCAGUAGAGGAGGGUCCAUGUGCAGAAUGACGUCGCGCUGAAGUCCGACCGACUCCUUCGUUUGUUUUUAUUACUCUUUUAAUCUUGGACCCAGAAUCGGUAAUCUGUAAAUUUGCGGCCAUAAUGUGAGAUCAUCUGCCGCUGUCGUCCGACCCGUGGCUGCCGUUCGUCCUGUCAGGAGCCGUGGCUCGCUGUGGAGGAUUUACUAGUGAUAAUACGCAGUAGACUUCUCCAGUGUGUCUAGCUGUCAAACUGAAAACUAUGUAUUGGAAAGAGCAGGCAGAACACAUUUGUUGAUAUUUAUUGACUUUGCUUUUUGCGUGUCUUUUUUAGUCCUCUGGAUUAUCGCUGCCCAGCAACACGGCCACCUGACAACUCUGAAUGUCGUAAUUAAGGUGGAUCAAUGAGCCAGCAAUGGAGACCAAAAGAUACCAAAGUUUCUUUGAUGGAAGUAAUACAGAGAACAGAUGGGCGCAGGUCCCCAACACCAUGGAGCACUGCUGCAGCACAGAGGAUUCAAGUCUGACUAGCAGUGAUAUCCUGAUGGACAUAGUCAAUGUGAGCUGCCCUGCUGGAAGCCCGGCAACUGACUGCAAAGACAACAAUACAAAGAAGCAGGAGCAGCCAAUCCUUCGGCUCAGCCAGAACCAGCCAUUUGUUCUCCCACAUUUCAACAACUCUGUCCAUGGUCAUAAGCAGGAAAUGGACUCUAAGGAGCUUUCCAAGACUGUGGCCGAGUCUAUGGGCCUGUAUAUGAAUGCUGCCAGGGAGGCAGACUUUGCCUUUAGCCAGCAUGGGGGCAGUACCAGCCCUGGGAAGAUGUAUCCAGUGUGUGGGCGGGCUCUAGAGGAGACCCAGUGUGGCUCCACAAAGAGCCCCAAGUUAAAGCCAUUUGGUUUCCAGCAGCCCAGCACCACUCCCAGAGAAUGCAACACUGGGACUCCCGUUAGUUCAGCCUCAAUGCUGGCCUCAUCUCUGUCCUGCAGCCCCCAGACCUCCAGCUCCAUCUCUAGCCCCGGGGGCAGCAACAAUAUGGUGUCGUCAACCACCAGCCCUCCUACAUGUUUUGGACCAGUGUGCUCGUCCGUCAGUAGUCCUGUCAGCCAGACGUCUUGUGCUGCAACUCUGGCCAACAUCAAGCGCAGGAAUUCAGCCACAUGUAGCCCCGUGGGGUCCAGCACGGUGGGCUCACCACCUCUCACCAGCCCGCUCAACGUCAUGAGAUCCCCCAUGUCCAGCCCACAGAGUAUGAGUAGUGUGAGAUCUCCUCCGUCCUGCAGCACUACCUGUAACAUUAGGUCAUCUGUCUCGAGCCCUACAGGUGGCAGCUGCACCAGCACUGCCAACAACUGCAACACAGCAAGGCCCUCCAUCUCCAGUCCGGCCGCAGCGGGUGCCAUGACUGUCAGCAGCCCACAGAACCCCUCCUCAGGUGGGUUUCCCGUGUCCAGUCCUGCUGGCGGUCUGGGUUUGGUGCAGAAUGACACCAACAGCCCAGAAGCAGCAGGUCUGAGCAGAGACGCAGACUUCAAGAACUUUGAAUUCCCUAAAGUAGAGGUGGUAGACGGGGAGGUGUUCAACGUCGGCUUAGACCAGAUGGGCAUGGUUAAGUUCAUAAAGAACGAGCCUGGAACUGACUUCAGAAGCAUGUGUUUAGGCAGCUCCAAAUGUAAUGCGAGUAGCACGCCUUUUAUCACACAUAUUAAGAGCGAGCCAAACAAAAAUGAGGGAUGUAUGAACCAACAGCCCUAUGGUGAGCAGUCACCAUCUCUUAGUCACUUUCCUGCAUCUGAGACCACCUAUUUGUCCUUGAGGAAUAACAUUGAUGAAUACAGUCUUUCUGGUAUCUUAGGACCCCCUGUCGCCUCUAUGAAUGGGAACUAUGAGUCUGAUGUGUUCUCCAACAAUGUUCUGUCUAAAGGGGUUAAGCAGGAGACCACUGAUGGCAGCUAUUACCAAGAGAAUAACAGCAUGCCCACAUCGGCUAUUGUUGGAGUUAAUUCCGGUGGACAUUCAUUCCAUUACCAGAUUGGAGCGCAAGGAACAAUGUCUUUCACGCGGCACGAUGUGAGGGACCAGUCCAACCCUUUGUUGAAUCUCAUUUCACCUGUAACAGCGUUAAUGGAGUCGUGGAAAUCUCGGCCGGGCAUGUCACAGGGGUCACUGUCAGCCAGAGGCGAGGGUUACCUGGGUCAGAACUGCAUCACGGACAGCAUGUCGAGCUCGCCACUGAGACAACCGUCCUCAACGGCCAAAGUGUGCCUGGUUUGUGGCGACGAGGCAUCAGGAUGCCACUACGGUGUCGUGACAUGUGGAAGCUGCAAAGUCUUCUUUAAAAGAGCCGUGGAAGGUCAGCACAACUACCUGUGUGCUGGGAGAAAUGACUGUAUCAUUGACAAGAUUCGAAGGAAAAACUGUCCGGCAUGUCGUGUACGGAAGUGUCUCCAGGCCGGGAUGAACCUAGGAGCACGGAAGUCCAAGAAGUUAGGGAAGCUGAAGGGUGUCAGCGAGGACGUGCAGGGCUCUAAGGACGGCCAAACUGCCACAGGUGGCGUUGGAGGCGGUUACCUGUCCUCAGAGAAGGAGCUCACAGCCAGCGCUGCCAAUGCCCUGGUGCCCCACGGGCCUGGGGUGGUCACACCUUUUCUGCCGCCGUCCAUCUGCAGUGUGUUGGAGCUGAUUGAGCCUGAAGACGUGUACUCUGGUUAUGACAACACGCAUCCUGACACCGCUGACCACAUGCUGUCCAGUCUCAACCGCCUGGCCGGAAAGCAGAUGGUACGCAUGGUGAAGUGGGCCAAAGUACUUCCAGGUUUUCGGAGCCUGCCCAUUGAGGACCAAAUCACCCUGAUCCAGUACUCAUGGAUGUGUCUGUCCUCCUUUUGCCUCAGCUGGCGCUCCUACAAACACACCAAUGGACAGAUGCUCUACUUUGCCCCUGACCUCAUCUUUGACGAGGAGCGCAUGCAGCAGUCAGCCAUGUACGACCUGUGUCUGGGCAUGAGGCAGGUGAGCCAGGAGUUUCUACGACUGCAGCUAACCUACGACGAGUUCCUCUCCAUGAAGGUCCUUCUGCUUCUCAGCACAGUUCCUAAAGAGGGUCUGAAGAACCAGGCGGCGUUCGAGGAGAUGAGGGUUAAUUACAUUAAGGAGCUCCGGCGUUCAGUGGGAAAAGCAACCAACAACUCUGGCCAAACCUGGCAGCGCUUCUUCCAGCUCACCAAGCUACUGGACGCCAUGCAUGAUCUGGUGGGGAACCUGUUGGACUUCUGUUUCUACACCUUUCGUGAGUCCCAGGCCCUGAAGGUGGAGUUCCCUGAAAUGUUGGUGGAGAUCAUCAGUGACCAGAUACCAAAGGUGGAGUCAGGCCUCACUCACACAAUCUACUUCCACAAGAAGUGACUCACUUAGCAGUCGGGACAGAAGCGGCAUAAAGAACUGGAAGAGAGGAGGAAGAAGUUCAAGAAGAGAAAAUGUGCGAAAAAAAGGCCAGACCAGUUGGCUCGCACCCGGUCGCCCAGUAUGCCAGCGUCCUCGCCUUGGAUGGGAAAAGUCAAGUGACGUGGUGACAGAAGUAAAAAGGGGAGAACUGAUUUGACCCUGCAGUCACCACGAUGGUGGUCAGAGCUGUGAAUAGUUCGUGGAGCCGAGCGCGACACGCUGAGGACUUGAGAUAAAUGUGACAAAGCAUCCUGAAGUACCCCACCCCGUGCUCCCCUUGCCCCAAAGACGAUAACAGUAUUUUCUAUGGAGAUAAAGCCAUACAGUUCUUAGGAUGCGCUAGAUACAGUCACUGCGUUCGCACACACACACACACACACACACACACACGCGCACACACACACGCACACACAAGUAGAGGGAAAUUGAUACACAUGCUGUCCACAUGCCUUCACACAAACGCACAGAUGCACUCCACAUGCACUAAAAUCUGAUUCCCUUACAACUCUAGAGAGCAAGUUUUUGCAAAUAUUUAAUGUGGCUUAUGCAGUCUUUCACAAAUAAUAGCACUAUGAAAUUAUAAAAAGAUAUGCUAAUACUUAGAUUUCGCUUUGCAGUGUAGCAGCAUACUGCAAGACUACAAGGCAAGGGACAUUAUGAGGAGGCAGAAAUUCUAGACUGUAAGGCGAAAGGUCUAUUUGAAUAUAAUCCAAGGGCUAUACAAGCAUCAUCAUAAGUUGAAUAGUUACAUUAAAUCUAAAAAGUCCAAUUUUGAAUCUCAAUCAGUGUCAUAACAGCCAUCAUUAACAUUCACAUUUUUUAAAUUAAAUUAUUUAGUAAAACAAUCAAAACUAAUAUGCAAAAGUCCAAAGCUAAAGCUGUUAAAUUAAAAAAAAUGUCUCUCUUGUGUAAUGUAAGCUUGCACAUGAAGCUCCCAUGUAAUAAAGUCAUUAUUUUAGGAAUUGUUGUGUAGAGUUAAGACAAUAUUGAUGAGCGAUUUUACCUUUGUGCAAAAAUGGUCAGGAGUGUCGCAGGAUGGAAAACAUGCAUUUACGGAAACGAUUUCAGUAGAGUCCGCUGGUAAUGGAUUUGACUGAGGUGCAUCCAUAGUAAUUGUGUUUUGUGUUAUCUCCAGAGCAGCUGUCCAAAUGUCUGUUUUUACUCACAAUGAAGCAAAACCAGCCCUUUGUGAACCAACACUUAUCUACUCUUCCCAGAAAUAAUAAAAAACGUUUUAUAAAAGUGUGUUGCAAAGGUUUAGUUUUUGACAAGCCAGUCAUUUUUCAUUAAGGUGCUUCAUUUUUACAAAGCCAGGCAAAGCAUAACAUGUACAGUAACGCGUAGACAGUCCAUACUGUACAAUACACUUAUAUGGACACGCAGUUUAAACACACAUACUCUGUAAAGUUGAUAUAAUCCAAAAUGGAGCAUUACUCUGCAGUGCUUACAGCAAACGGCUAAUGUAUCAAAAACCAGGCAGAUGUGUAUAGGUAUUAACAAAUUCUUAAACACAUUCUAUUCAGCGGUUGUACAGAAGAUGUUUUGAGGUACAUGUGGAUGAAUGCUUGAUGAAGAACUGUUGGUACUGUAUUAUCAUAUUUCCUAAUUUAGUGUAUUUCCUUACUCUACUCUUUGGGCCAAGUACUACUAUUUUAGGUAUGGCAGGCCCAGUCGUCUGGACCAUUAACUUGUCUCACACCCCACUGGUUUUUGGGUAGUUGUGGAAUACUACUAUGAUGCUACUGAAAAGUGAUAGAGCCGCUAGAGGAGAAAAACAGUGGGGGCGUGUGAUUAUUUGUUUUGUUAUUUUGUGCCCUGUGAGUGUGUAUUUACAUUUGUGUGUGUGUGUGUGUGUGUGUGUGUGUGUGUGUGUGUGUGUGUGUGUGUGUGUGUGUGUGUGUGUGUGUGUGUGUGUGUGUGUGUGUGUGCGUGCGUGUGUGUUUUCUGGCAAGCAAGCAUGUGCAUAGUUGAUCUGCUCUUUCAGUGUGGGUAUUAUGCAUUUUAUGUUAUAGGAUUAGCCAUAUCCUAUUUCCACAUUUAGAUUUGCACAGAGGAGAUACAAUGUGAAAUGAGGCAUUAGUGCAGCUAGCAGGAAUUGUCUGUUUUGAUAAGCAACUGUGAUGAUGCAGGAAAAGACUUUCUGCAUGGUCACCCAGCCUAAAGUUAGACAACAUGACAUCAUUAGCCCAGCCGGGUGCUGUUGUAAUGUAUUUGUGGCCUCGGCUCUCGUAACGAUGGCUCUGUGGUACACUACAAGGUCUCUUCUGUGGCGGUAAUUGUGUAAAGAUUAGUGUACAAAGAGAUGGAGGUGGCAUGAGCACAGCUGUCAUUAGGGACUGUCCGCAAAUUAUUCAGGGGGGUUCAGAAAAGGGGGAGGUUUAUGUAUUUUUAAUUUUGGCUCAAGGGAGGGUAGUCUAAAUUUGUUGGGAGAGUAGGGGGAGGGUGUUUCAACAUCUUCUCAUUCCAGAAUUAUAUGAUUUUCAUUCAUUCUGGGGUGAAAGGAUUGUGCUCAAGUCUAUCCGUUCUCAUGAUGAUUUUUCUUAUCAGUGGCUUUUAUUGACCCAGCCGUUUAGCAGCUCUCUUAGCGGCUGUAUUUUCACUAUUUUGUUAUGCUUGCCAUAAACAUGAUUUUAAUUUAUUGAUGGGGAGGGUCCAAAUUAAAUAUUUAUAAUGCUGUGUUAAGUCCCCCUGCCUAAUAGUUUUCUCCAGUCUCUUGUCAGAAAGGCCUCAUUUCACAAUCUGUCUUUGUUGUGCAUUAUUGCAUUCAAGUUGUGAAGAACUUAAGCUAAUCUCUCUCUGUUUCUUUAUUUUUGCCCCUUUUUUGUCCUUUUUAAAGAAUAAAAAACUGUCUAAAGGUUCAUAGGAUGAAUGGGAAAGUAUUUUUGAGAGAAUUAUAUUUUGCUGGAAAACAAUAUUUAAGUACUUUGUCUAAAAAUGAUAUCCUUUUUGUAAAAUGAAAUGUUAAUGCAUGCUUUUUGAUGAGACGUUUACAUUGUAUUUAAAAAAGGGAAACUUGUGCCUUUUUAUCUCACCUGAUUUACAAUUUUACAGUAUAUAUUGUAAAUAAUACAGCAAGUCCUUAUGUUGAGUAUAGUAUAAAACAUUUCUACUUUAACCAUCUUGUUGGAAUAUUGGAAAAAUGUGUUUCCCACUCUCUAUGUUCUGUGUGUUGGAUCACAGAGAAGAAUUUACAGUAAGGGUCAGUGCCAGAAAGGGCCAAAUAGAGAAAUGAAUGUAUCAUACAUUGUGAGAGACUUAUGGAACUUACUACCUGAAUGUUAGAGAGAGUACAUUUAUUAUCUACUUAUUAAGUAAAGUUAUUUGAUUUUGCAACUUUUUUUAAAUUUUUUUUUUUACUUUUUGCAUUGUUCAAGUGGCUCAAACAAAAAAAUAAUAAUCAAAAGGUAUUUCUUAUUUUGUAACAAGAUGUAUCAAGUGAUGGAUCCUUUGGAGUUGUUGCUGUUGAAAUGAUUUCCUAACCCAUGGCGGUAAUGUUGAUGAGCACCACAAUAAAAAUCCAGAAAUCACAAACUACUGAAACUGGGCUACGUGAAAGAAAGUUCUUGACUUUUCAGUUUUAAAAUAAACUUAAUGCACACACAAAACAAAAAAAAAUGAUGGAUGUAGAGGUUAGCCAAUUCAAAUUUGACUCAUUUCGAGCUCCAGUUGUUAACUGGACCUGCUUCACUAACUGCCAAAAUAAGUUUCAAUCAUAACAAAAACAAAUUUGUCCCAAAGAAUGGUAAUGUAAAAACGUUCAAAUCUAUACACAGAUAAUUACGUUAUCAGUAAUAUUCUCAAGCCCUUGUAUGAACCUUCUGCACUCCGGAAAUAAAGGCUUUGACUAGUUCAACAUUUUGGGGAAUACACUUGUUCUUGCCGAGAGUUAGAUGAGAAGAUUUAUGUCACUCUCAGGUGUGUAUGGUAAAUAUGAAGCUACAGCAAGGAGACUGUUAGCUUUGCUUAGCUUAGCAUAAAGACUGGGGGAAGCAAGGGGAAACAGCUAGCCUGGCCCUGUCCGAAGGUAUAAAAAAAAGUCCAUGUACCAGCACCUCUUAAACUCAGUAAUUAAAAUGCAUCUCAUUUGUUUCAGUAGAAAAGGUGUAAAAAUGUUGUUGUGAUGUUGUUGUAGUUUUAUGGGGGGUUAUGUGCCAGACUGUUGGGAAAGUCACUGCUCUUGGCCAAUAAAUAGUCCAGCACAUAGCUAGAUUGAUUAAUUUGACAUUCUUAAAAUACACAUAAUACCUGCAGACAGGUGUCACAUACACCUACAAACUGUCAAGGAUUAAUAAUAUACACAAUAAAAAGCCCACAGGUUUAUUUAUAAGCAGAUUUUGUAACCUUUGUACAGAUCCAGGCUAGCGGUUUCCAGUCUUCAUGCUAAGCUAUGCUAACCGGCUCCUGGCUGUAGCUUCAUACCAUACCAUACCAUACCAUACCAACAUGAGUGAAAUGAAUAUUCUAAUACAAUUCUCUGCAAGAAAACUAAUAAAUGUGUUUCCCACAAUGUUGAACUAUUCCUUUAAAAGAACAAAACGGAUUUAUCGGUCAUUAAUCACCACCUUCUGCAAAUACAAAAAAAACUUUCCCUCGACUCGAGGGAGCAAUAUUAUCGUCAAAGCUGUCUCCUUCUAAUCAAACUCCUUUUAAGCACGAAUGACUCAGAAUGUGUUCAACUGCUAUCACAUAGUACACUUUCUAUCGAUGGCGUCACUGUGUGUGGAGUCACGUCGUUGCCAUUUUCUGUUCACGGUGUUGAAUCGGGUGUAGAGAGACUAAGCCAUAUCUCCACAGCCAUGGCAGUGCAUUUCUUAUUACUAUAUAAAUAUAUACAAAUGCUUUUUUUUUUUCAAUUCCAAAAAUGACUUUUUACUCAGAUGCUUUGUACAAUAUUUCUCUGCAACUAUCCAGCAAACAGUAGACAUCCUUCACCAUAAACCAAUAAAACCAGUUACUGUAUAUCUUGAUGCAGAUAUUGCCAUACUUGUGUUUGCAAAACUAUUGCAAGAUUCUAAUAAAACUGUUCAAUUCAU